AUGGGGUUGUUUCGUCCAGUGGGUUCAACCUCUUCUUCUACUCAUAUUGAUGGCUUGAAAUCUGCAAAACAAACGAAUAAAACCGGAUCUUCUACUACUGUUUCUCGUUUCGCUUAUCUGGUUUCUGGGUCGAAAGGGGAUUUAAACAAGUUAUGGAGCACAGUGAGAGCAUUAUAUCAUCCAUGGAACUACUAUGUUCUUCAUCUUGAUCUUGAAUCGCCACUCGAGGAGAGAACGGAGCUUGCUUCACGGGUUGAAAAUGAUCUGGUUUUUUCUACAGUUGGGAAUGUUUAUGUGAUCACAAAAGCUAACAUGGUUACAUAUAGAGGACCAACGAUGGUGUCUAACACUCUUCAUGCUUGUGCCAUUCUUAUUAGAAAGUUUAAGGAUUGGGAUUGGUUUAUAAACCUCAGUGCCUCGGAUUACCUUCUCGUGACUCAGGAUGUUUCCAGAUAUUUGAAUUGGGGAAACUGUCGGCGGUGGCUUGGUGUUUGUGGCAGCGGAAGUGGUGUAGAUGGUGGUGUUACCGGCGAUGGCAGGGUGGUGUUAUGGUGGUGGUGUGGAGGUGGAAUGGUGGUGGUGGAAGUAAGAGGUAUAGAGAAAAAGAAGAAAUAG